AUGGCUUCCCUACCAGCCCUCCUACGCGACCACACCAAUAUCACAGUCUACGCGGACGACAUCUGCCUCUGGACGUCCAGCCUGCGCCGCGAUGUCAUCCAACGCCGUCUCCAAGGAGCCCUUGACACGGUCGGCGACCGUGUCAAGGGCUCCUUGGAGACGGCGUUGGACGGCGUUGGUGUAGCAUACCUUUGUGAUCGUGGGCUGUCUGUCUCCCCAACCAAAACUGUCGCCAUGGCAUUUACCCGCCGCUCCUUCCUUCGUUUCCCACCCCACGUCGCAGGAUCGCCAGUGCAUUUUGCAUCGAGCUACAGGUACCUGGGCAUCAUUAUCCACAGGGGCCUGACCUGGUCGAAGCAGCUCAAAUACCUCUCUUCUAAGGUAAACAACAUCGUCAGCGUUCUUCGUCGCGUCUCUGGAAUGUCGUCGGGCCCUACUUGUGCUGACCUUAGGUCUGUCCACUGCUCCCUUGUACUUGGAACGCUGCGCUACAGCCUCCCCAUUUUACAUGGACUAAGCAGAGCUAGUGAACGGGAGCUCCUCAACCUCCAGGCCCGCAGCCUUCGCGUCUGCCUGGGCGUCCCUAAGACGACAGAGACCGUCUCCGUUCUCGCAGAGGCGAGGGAGUCACCGAUGCCCACCUUGCGUGACAAGGAGACCAUCCGCAUCUACACAAGGUACCUGACACGCCACCCGCACCACUACUUGACAGAUAUCGCCAUGGAGUGCCCAUCAUCCGCUUUCGGGUCCUGCGUUCAGCGACUGAGGACGUCUAUUCCCUCGCCCUCCAACAUGCCGUCUCAUCCCCCUCCCAUGUGGACCCUCGCUACUCCUCCCGUGUACUCCAGCAUCCCUGGCGCCUUCAAAAAAGGCGACCACCCUCCAGUCGCUUUGCUCCAACUCGCGCUGGAACACCUUAAUAACGUGCACUCCCGAAGAAUAGCGAUCUACACGGACGCGUCGGUCUCCGCGGGCGCCUCAACUUUAGCCGUUGUUGUGCCUUCAGAAAAUUACGAACUAGCGCUCAAGCUUCCUCACGAGACAUCCUCCACCGAAGCAGAGCUCGCCGCCAUCAAUGAAGCCCUGAGACUUAUAUCAACGAGGCCCCCAAACAACUGGACUGUGCUUACGGACAGCAAGGCGGCGCUGCAGCAAAUAUUAUCUUCUCCUUGCUCCAAGAUCGUCACAGACAUCUGCUCCCUAGCCCUCACGACAUACAGCAGUCUCACCACCUCCGGUCACAGCGUGUGGCUUCAAUGGGUCCCCAGCCACAUCGGCCUGCCGGGAAAUACCCGCGCUGACGCUGCGGCGAGAGGCGCGCACGGGGCAGCUGCCACCACAAUGACCACCACCAUUCCUCUCACUCCAUCGGCCUGCUUGAUACAGAUCCGCCGCCAGACGUCUCGCAACACCCUCGCGUUUAGCGCAAACGCUGUAGCGGCAAACACGUUCCUCCACUCCAUCGACCCGAGGAUGGAACUCACCCUCUCCCAGCGGCUGUCGCGACAGGAGGAGUCGAUCCUCCAUCGCCUACGCCUCGAUGUUGCCCUGACCCCGCUGCUCCUCUCUAAGAUGGAUAGACGGACGUCCCCGAUGUGUCCCUGCUGUGCUGCAGUCGCCGACAUACGCCAUCUAUUAUUGCACUGCAAGUGGUACGCCGGCCCCCGAGCCGCCCUCGCCUCAAAUCUCACUUCCCUAGGCCACAGGGAAAAUCCCUGGCGACGCUGCUGGGAUCUGUCCGGCACUCUAGACAAUGGGCAGUCAGCCGAGCCCUCCUGUGUUACCUGA